AUGCGGCCGUCGCUCUUGUGCAGCACUUUGCUGCUGGCUCUGAGAAGUAGGGCCCAAGAUCCCAUCAGGCCCUACCCAUUGGUGGACGCCGAGCUCAAGUCGACCUCUUUCCUCGACCAUGCGAGCUAUGUCCAGGAUCUCGAUGACCCGCAAUGGUACCUUGACAACAUCCCUUUUGUCGACUUUCCAGACAAACCUGUCCAAGAUGUCUAUUACUAUCGAACGUCUGUCAUCAAGCGGCACUUGAAGUAUGCGCAUGAGGGCCAUGGUUGGACUUUCACCGAAUUCAUCCAUCCCGUGACCUGGGCAUCAAAAUUUCAAACAAUUCCCGACUCCGCGGGGCACCAUAUCGUUGAGGCCCGUUGGCUCCGUGACACCAAUUAUGCCAAAGACUUAAUUCUCGCGUACACACGAGGUGGUACGGAGGCUCUCAACGGCGUUACUUACACGCACUACGUUCAGCGCGCAAUUUACGAGCAUGCUCAGGUCACCGGAGACAAGAACUUCUUGACCGCGCAACUGGAGGGUAUGAUCCGGAUGUUUGAUCUGUGGGACGUGCAAUUCGACAACACCACCGGCCUCUACCACAGAACUCCACUUUCUGAUGCCCAGGAGUACAGCUUGCCUGGCUAUACUGUUGGUGGGCCUAAUGGCGGGCCUGUGGAGCAGUGGGACUCCUUCGAUAACGACUACAAUACCAUCUGGCUAGGCCCAGAGACGUACCGGCCCAGCUUCAACAGCUACAUGGUCGCCAAUGCACGGGCAAUCGCCUCUGUAGCUGCACUCUCUGGGAACGAUAGCCUUGCUACAGCGUGGACUACACGUGCUGACGACCUGGAAGCCAAGAUGACCGAUCUAUUGUGGGACCAGGACAUUAACUUCUGGAUCGAUGUUGUUGAAGGCAGCAACAUUCCGGCGGUAGGCCGCCAACUCAUUGGUUACUACCCAUACCGCUUUGAUGUUGGAACCAACAGCACCUUCGUGCGUGGCCUUGAAGCUGGCCUCACGCCCGAAGCGUUUCUGACCGACUUUGGCCCAACGACGCUUGAGCAGACGAACCCGUACUACACGGCGCGGAAAAACAACACGAACUGUUGCGUUUGGAACGGCCAGUCGUGGCCGUUUAGCACGUCUGUCUACCUCAACGUGCUAGCGAAGUUGGUGAGGACGAAUGAAAGCAGUGUUACCAAGGAGUUCUUCAAUCAGGAGUUCGACAAGUAUGUCCGGACUAAUCAUAGGGGUGGCGUGCCGUAUACUGCCGAAAGCCAUUACCCAACGGUCGACCAAUGGAGCGGAGACACUGCGAACCACAGCGAGCACUAUUUGCACUCGACCUACCUGGACAAUGUCUUCACUAACUUGCUCGGGAUCGUUCCGAACCUGGAGGACAAGCUAGAGCUGCGCCCUCUUGUCCCUGACAACUGGACGUACUUUGCUGUAGAGAACCUACCAUACCACGGCUCGCUCCUCUCGCUUCUCUGGGACCAAACAGGAACACACUAUGCCGCCAGCAACACCUCUGGCCUCAGUAUCUACCUCGAUGGGCAGCUUAUCCACACUCAGCCCUCCCUCCAAGCCCUCAGCAUCCCGCUCAGCAACCGCAGCAGCGCAAUCGCAGCCCUCGCCGCGCGCCCACGCCACGCCAAUAUCCUCGCCAACCCAAACACGCCCUGGGGCUUCCCCGCCGCCACGUCCGACUACACCUGGUCGCCCAACGGCGACGUCGCCGCUUAUCCGGCCUGGAAGCUCAUCGACGGUCUCGUAUGGUACGACGGCACGCCCGACAACCGCUGGACCAACAACCAGAGCACGACGCCCACCAACACGGUCAACGUCACGCUGGCGCGGGCCCGCGCCCUGCGCAGUGUCAGCCUCGCCGUCCACGCCGACGACGAGCGCGAUGGCGGCGUCCGUGGCGGCGGCGUCAUCGCCUGCCCGGCUGCCGUGCGCGUCGCCGCACUCGACGGAACCGUACUCGCGGAGCGCAACCCCUGGUCCGACUGUCGCCCUAACGCGCUGAACACGCUGCUCUUCACGGCGCCGGCGAACGGGACAGAUGCCUCGGCUAACGACGUCCCUGCCGAUGGUGAGGGCGUCCUUUACAUAACUGCGGGAUUGAGCAUCACGCUCCGCAACCAGCUGCACUACGCCGUCGCGCUGUCGGAGGUGCAGGUUUGGGUGCCUGAAACCGAUAAUGACGAAGAAGAGGAAGGAGAGCAGAGCCGCUACGAGCUAGAAGAUGGGCUCGCAGGCACCUUCAUCGGCUCCUUCCAGGGCACGGCCAGCGGGCUGAACAGCAGCGUCGUAGACGGGGGCGUGGCUCUGGGAACAGGCGCGUGGGUCGAGGUCGGGGGUGUGGUCGUGCCUGAAGCAGGGACGGGGAGCGUGCGGCUGACGGGACGGGGGCCGGGCGAGGUGGGCGUGAGGGUGAAUUUUGCGGGUGAAGGGAACGGGACCGUCGUGAGUUUUGAUGAGGGAGGAGAGGGGACACAGGAGAAGAGCGUUGAGGUUGUUUGGGAGAAGGGGAGGAAUGUUGUUACGGUUUGGUGGGUUGGGGGAAAGCCGUGGGUGGAUGCGUUUGUGGUCGAGUAGAGAGGAUGGAGAGAUGGGAGGGGAGGGGGAAAUGUAAGAGGGGUUGAGGGAGGGCUUUUUAUCUGUAUGAGUGAGGUUAGGUAUGGUUGAUCGUGGUUGAUUUGCAGCUGUACAAACUACGUCAGGGGCAGAUGAAUUGGACGUCUUUUGAUAGAGUCAGAGCACUUUUUGUGCAGCUGCCGAGAUGCCAUUUCAAUAUAGCCUGAACG